UGUUUUUUUAUCAGUAGUAGUGAUCAUAAACUUUUUCCCUGCAUCUUUAGCUUUUUCAUGUAAGUCACUUAAGUUGAAAACCAAAAGCCGUUUCGUAGCCUUUUUAAAAAGCGUUUACACGUGCCAUAUCCACACGGCCCCAACAAAGAUCGCUCAUUCGAGACCUGAUGAUGGCGGCGAAAUGACCGCCUAAUGAUGGUCAAUGACAUGCAGCUUAGUCAUUUCUGAGUGGCUGUCCAAGCUACAAUGACGCAAGUAACACAAGCCAGAACAAAAUGAUUAGUUUUUGGAAUGGAUUUAUAAUUGCUACAUUACUCUUCAUUGGAUGGCUUAUAAAAUCAUUUUAUCGGCAACGGAACCUGCCUCAUGGACCUAUGCCGCUUCCAAUAUUUGGAAAUUUGCUGAUAUUGAGGAAAAGAGCACUUCAGACAUUAAACAACUUAGCAACUGUCUAUGGUUCAAUAUUUACAAUAUGGCUUGGCCGAAAACCAAUAGUGAUUGUGAAUGAUUAUAACUUAGCACAAGAAGUAUUGAGUAAAAAUGGUUUGAAGUUUUCGUCACGACCAGAUUUUAUGAGUUCUUUGCUUACAAGAAACCGAAAGCGAUUUCCCUUUAUGGAUUAUUGCCCAAGCUUUGUAAACAAGCAGGCCAUCUGCAAAGAUGUUUGCAAUGCAGAUAAACUCUUUCUUAACACAUGUUUAGAAAUUGAAAUUAGGCAAUUAACAGAAUUGUUAAUGUCACAGACUGCUGCAAAAGAGUUUGAUCCUUCUGAGAUGAUCGAAAAGUUUGCAAUUGAUUUGUUAGCUAGAGUAGUGUAUGGAAUGGAGACAGAUAUCUUAUUCAGUGAAUUAAAUUUACCUGGCCAUCAUGAUUUUGUUACGCUGUCAAACACUACCAAAAUGUUGCCCUGGUUGCGACUGCUUGGUAUGCAAAGAUAUCGAGAUUACCAAAAAUUUAUGCAAAAUAGAGAACGCAGAUUAAAAAGUUUAUUUCAAAACUCAAGAAAGUUUGGUGAUAGCAAUGCAAUGAUCAGAAAAAUUUUAAAAGCUUUUAUGGAGGAAGCCAAUGAACAACAAAUAGAAGAUGCUGAAAUUUUGUGUUCUGAUUUAUUUAUUGUGGGAGUUGAAAAUCUUGCAGCUGCCUUGAAGUGGAUCCUGCUAUACUUUGUGGUGUGGCCAGAAAUCCAAGCCAAAGUGCAAAAUGAGUUGGAUGAUAAAUAUGGAAAGACUCGAAACUUAACAGUGGAAGAAGCCAUGAGUGUUCCUUACUUAAAAGCUGCUGUAUUUGAAGUUUUGCGUCUGAGUUCACUAAAUCCGUUAUCAUCAGUACAUAUGUCUAAUGAGUCAGUUACUUUAAAAGGUCACAAGUUACCAAAAGGCACAUGUGUUUGUGUUAAUUUAAGUGCAAUUCAUACUAGUCCAAAAUUUUGGGAUAAUCCAUUCGAAUUUCGACCAUCAAGAUUUCUAAAGAACAAUGAAGGUGUUGUAAUGUUACGUGAUAUUGGUUUAAUAAAAGGAUUUUUGCCUUUUGGAUCAGGUUUUAGAAAAUGCGUUAGUGAUGAGUUAUCAGUUAAGCUAAUGACAACUAUUAUCGCAAAUCUUACUUUUAAUUUUGAUUUCAGCAUUCCACCGUGGAAUAUGAAACCGGACCUGGUAGGUACAACCAGUUUUAUACUUGUACCAAGGCCUUAUAAUGUGACAGUAUCUUCAAGAUAAUUUUUUUCAUACACAUUUUUUUUAAAUUGUCAAAAUUUCAAUUAAGUCUGGAUUUACAAUUUUUUUAACAAUUAGCCUCAAAUGUUCUUCUAUUUAUUGUUUUGAAAAGUCAGGAAAUAUGUGGUAAGAUUGACAGGUGAUGAUUAAUUUCUUAGGAUUAGAAGAAAUAGAUGUUGAAUUUAUUUAAUUUAUACGAAGAGAAAAAUUACUUUCUAAAAUUGCACUUACCGGGUGCUGUUUGAUUAAGAUUAUUUUCCAUAAUGGAUUGUAGCUAUUGAAAUUAGAGAUCAUGUGAGAGAACUGCAUUCGAUUCCAGACUUUUUUCAAAGUGCUAAGGGGGUCAAAAACCACACCUUCCUGUUGUUGCCUCAUUAAUUUCCUGGAGUUAAUUCCAUUCUUAUUCUAAGAUUCCUUCAGAAAACUAUCUUGCAAUUGCUUUAUUAUAUUGUCUACCAAUUGUUUUACAAUUGAUCCCUCCAACCACCCUGCAAAUUUCACUCAUUGUUAUCCCUUUACUUAAUGCUCUUAAUGUUGAAGCGGCUCGUGCUAUGCACAGAAAAUGUGUUUGUAUCAUACUUUUUUAAAACACGUCCUUAUCUUUGGAUUGCUUGAUACAUGUUGCGUAUUACUGUUGUGUUCCAUCACUCCAUUCUUUGAUGAUGACGUCAACCACCUCUGAAAUAUUUUUGCCAGAAUAAUGGUUGUUUUUUGUAGUGUGGUCUGUCUCUCUGUCAGCUCUGAAAAUUAUUCAUUUUUUUUCUUUAUGUUUGUGUUUGUUUUACUUAAGGUUUUUAAUUUGUUUGAUCACGAGUUUCUUUUUGUUAAAUAUGUUUCAAAAUAUCAAUUGUGAAUUAUGCUAACUGUUAUUCAAUUUAUUUAAAUGGUCUUUGUUUUAUGUCCACUUUCCCUAGUCUUAAAAAUGUUCUGGGAUAAAUAGGCUGACAUAACAGCUUAAGCAAUGUAAUUUGGCAAUGGAUGCUGGCAAACAGAAAAACAUAUUUUAUAUCACCUCUUUUUACCCACAGAUAUUGCAAUGAAAAUUAUUUUGUAAAGAAAGUAGUAUUAUAUGCACACAUACAGUCUCAUAAUGACCACUUUUGGGAUUCUUAACACUUUAAUCUGAGAUAAAACUAUCGAUAUUGGUAACUAAAAGGUGACGAAAUAUUUAUCUUUUUUAAGAAUUCUAAAGCUUAUAAAGAUUACGUAUUAUGCAAGAAUGCCAACUGAAAUUUAAAGGAAGAUGAAAAAUGUGUCUAUAUUAAGGAAACAUAAUAAAAUUGUGGUAAAUAAUUGCAACUAACACUGAUUUUUUAUCGAAUGACAGUGCAUUAGGAUGGUAGUCCUUCCAUUAAAAAAAUAAAAUCAAUUUUAUUUUUGAGUGAUGUCACCAUAUGAGUCACCAUAGCAUUAAACAAAUACAGAUUCUUAAAUAAUUUACUUGAGAUACUGUAAAGUUGAUUUACUUAGAUUAUUAAUAUAUAUCUAAUGUGAUAUAAUCAGGUUGUUUAUGAAACAACUGAAGCAUAUUGGGUUCAAAGGUCCACUCCUGUUCAUUUUUGGUCCAGAAAAAAUACGCAACCCAUUAAACCUUGUAACGACAAAGCAUUUACUUUAUUCUUUAAUAACACCAAAUCUUUGUUCUUUUUGUGUAAAGGGUGUGUCGGGAUUGAAAGAAAAAUUUCUUCAAUAUUUUCUGUUUGUUUUUCUUCAAAAAUAUGGAAGAAUUUUGCACAGAAAUUUGAUUUUGCACAUGGAAACGUAUACUUUAUGAGAAUGUAGUUUCUUUCAGAUUGAAAUUAUGGGACCUUUUUGCGAUUUUAUUUUCCACAAGAGGUAAUUAGUAAUUUUUUAUUUAUUCAAUAAAGUCAAAUAAAUUAUUUAAUUUUUGGUGUAGAAAGAUUUAAUGGUGCUAUUGUAUAAUAUAUUAUUUUUUCUGUUAUUUUGGUUCCAAGAAGAUUAAAUAUUUAAAAUUGUCUUUUAUUUGGAGUUUAACCAGGAGUAGCAUAAACAUUGUACUUGUUUUGCUUUUGAUGGAUAUAUUUUAAAACAUUUCA